AUGAUGCACAUCAUAACUCAUCUUAUUCUCAUCUUUGCUCUACUGAUCAUUGCCGUUCAAUCCCAAGGUGGUGGUGGAGGAGGAGGUGGUGGCGGCGGUGGUGGUAGAAGCGGAAGUAGUAAAACCUAUGUCAAUCCAUGUUUAACCAUUGAAUGUGAAAUAGGAAGGUUUAUUUUGAGUAUUGUUCUUGUAUUGCUUGCUGGAGCCGCCAUUAUAUGGGCAAUUCGAACAUGGAUCCGCCAACGCACAGGUGGUAGACCACCAGUCGGCAACGCAGUAUUUAUCAAUCAAAAUUCUGUAAAGAAUGUUAACUUUCAAAAUAAUCCCUUCAUGGAUGGUAUCUGGUCUAGUCGAUAUCAUCAAUAUAAUAGAUGGCAUACACCUCCUCAAUUAUCACUUUUGUUCGAUCGAUAUUCAUAUCAAGUAAGAGGCGGAGGAACAGAUGAAAUCGGUAAUUAUAUUAUCCAUGGUGUCUUCUCUAUGAAAACCCUUCGCAUGGGUCUAACAAAAGUAUAUCAAGUAGGAACAGGUGAUCCUACACAGAACCUUGGCCAUAUGGUGACUAUACAAUUGAUUUGGGAUUCAAAGCAUAAUCGAUUCAAUGGGAAAUGGUAUACUCAAACAAAUAGAUAUCGUGGAGAAGACAAGUUUGAAUUGACCUUCGAAGCUUGGACUCCAUUGCUUGAAACAAACAAUCGUGUUUGGCAGCCUGGCCCUCCGGCUGUAUAA